UCUUGGUCUGUCAACCAAAACAAUCUUGUUUAUGAAAAUAAAAUUCAAAACGUCUGCACCAAAAUGCCUUCAAAUUCGUAUUUAGGCUCAGAUUUGAAAGAAUUUUUGAGCUCUGUUGGCUCACAGGUAAACGCCAGUAACAGAGAUAAGUUGAAUUUAUUAUUGGACGAGUUGGGUAGCACGAAUUUCAAGAAAAUUUCAGCAGAAUCAUGUCAGGACUUUUUAAAAAUCUUGGCAACUGCAAUGAAGGUUGUCGCUCCAAGGGAUGUGACCAUCGCGGCUAAAUUGUGCCACAUUCUGUCCAAUGCAGCGCAACCUCACUCGGCAAAAAUUUUCACAUCCGACGCGCGGCUGACCGGUUUGGCUGAGGAUUGGUGUCUCAGGGUCUUCCAGUUGGGCAGCGAAAUGUCACUGCUUCAGGCCAUGUCAGCUUUGGAGGUGGUUCUAAGAGGUCGAGCAGUCACAGUAGACCCUAAAAUCUUGACUGCACUUUUGGCUGAGAACGAAUUGACCUCACUUCCUAACUGGCUGAAGAAAGGACAACUGGAUAAGCUUAAAGUUUUGCCUGCAGAAGAAGUUAAGCUGGCAGCUUUGAGGGUGAUAAAAGCAAUUGCUAGUCCUACGGAAGUAGGUGUCAUCAUUAGUGGGAAUUCUUGUCCACCUGCCCGAGUGCGCAAACUGGAAGCCUGUGCCUCAAUCUUCAUAGAACAGUUAUCCAGCAACCAGCCAUCAAAAGAAAUUCAUUAUUUAAAGACUGCAUCAACCUGCUUGAGAGGACUUCAAGCAAUUCUCCUCCAAAGACCAUCAGCUUUAAACUUUGUUGACGGGUUUGGUUAUGUCCGAGCUUUUUGGCUUUUAGGACUCCCGGAGCAUGACACUUCUAGUUUCCCUCCCGUUCCCGCAGAACCUGGCCCUCCUCCACCAACAGCUCAUUCUGCACCCAAGCAGGGACAAAAGCGGGGGCCAAUCCGGUCUAAUAACGCAAAGCAAGUUCGACGUCUGCGGACUGCCCUUGUGAAAGAGACUGAAGACGACAGUGGAGCCGGAGCUCCGAGGCAAAGACAUCAUCAAGGAUUUCCAGAGGAAAAUGCAGCUCUGUGGGCCAACACCAGUGAUUCGGAGGAUUUUUCUGACUCGGGCGUCGGAAGUGGAAAGGGAAGUCGAGAGACGGCCACUGCUUUUGCGUCCAUUCGAUUUGCAGCAAUCAGACUUUUGCUUCUCUUGAUCAAAAAUGGAGAACCCCAAACGUUGAUGUCAUUUUGGGAUCAGCUUGUGCCGUAUUUUCCGCCCGGAGCUCCUCCGCCAGCAAAACCAAGUCUACCCUGUUGCCUUUUACGAGAUCCUAACACGGGAAGCAAAAUUGCUGCUGCCCAGUGUUUCGGGGACAUUCUCAACAGAUGCCAGAUGUACUUUGCUAUGGCCGAGGCAAGCUCUGGCCAGUUGGCAUUUACGCCGUGGUCGCACACAAUGGCUCAGUCUCUUGAAUCCUGCCAGCGUUACCUGAUGUUGUCCCUCAGCUCAGACAGAGUUGUUCAGUGCCUUGCAGCGACCUUAAACGCACUGAACUUGCUGGUUUCUGUUACGCCUUACCACCGCCUUCCUUCGGGAUUAAUGACUCGACUUUCGCGCUCUGUGCGACCGUUCCUGAUAAACAAAAAUGUUGACGUUAAAUCCGCCGCACUCUCUGUAUUCACUGCUUUGGUGUCCUCGUCAGCUGCCAGUCACCAAAUGGCAGAACUUAGCACCAUUUUGCAAAAACCAGAGCCUGCCUCUUUCUUUGCCUCUGUGGAUAACUCGUCUGCCAACUUGACUAGUGAAGAUGAACGACUUGAAAUUUGUGGUUUGGAUAACAGUGACGAGCUUGUAGAUUUUAUUGAGGAUGACUAUUCAGAUAUUGGCAAGACUUGGCUCACAGAAUAUUGUCUCAGUCAUUUCCAGAGAUCUGAUGCUGGUUUAAAAUUGAAAUUGGAGGUCUGUCGCACACUUGCUGCUAUCUCAAGAUGUUACUUUUCUCUUCUGCUCUCUGACAAUGGAAAUACCUUGAUCAUCACCAGCAGCCUAUUUGUAAACACAAUGGUUGAUGGAGAAAAUGACAUAAAGUUACUCCUUGCUGCUGGGAGAGGCAUAGUUGAUUUGGGUGCUGCUUUGGCUAAGCACUUGGAAGAACCUGACCACAGCCACAAUUUGAAAGACGGGCUAAACAUGUGGAAUAAUAUUAUACAGAGCUCUAUUAGAACCCUUUCAACAGAUGCCAAUCCAGUGGUUCGAUCUCUUGUUUGUGAUAUCAUUUCAUCUAUUGGGCCUUUGAUUUAUGAAAAUAUUGAUAGGUCAUCGAGGCUUUUGAUAGCAUUUACUUUAUUUGCCCUGUGCAGAGACCAGUCGGUGAGUGUCAAAGUUCAGGCUGUCAGAGCACUAGGAAUGUGCGCAAAUUGGCCGAUUGAGAUGGAGGAUGGUCAAUUUUUACUUGAUGCAGCUGAGUAUGUUUCAAGUGCCAUUUCCAACGAGGAAGACGAAGGCCUGAAAAUUAAAGUCACUUGGGCUUUGGGGAACAUUUCCGAUGAACUUGUUGCCAAGAAGGAAAAAGGAUUUCCCGAGACUUUGCCAGAUCUGCUUCUUAUCAAGCUUAUUCAAGAUUCAAGGAGAUCCUGCCAAGAGGAGAAGCUUAAAAUGAAUGCUGUAAGAUCAUUGGGAAAUUUGAUUCGAUUGCUUUCCUCGGAGCAACUUCGACUUCCAGCAAAUCGAGAGUUGGUUUUUCAGUCUAUAUCUGCAAUAAUAAAUUGCGCCACUUCAUCUGUCACAACCUUGAUGAAGGUUAAAUGGAACGCUUGCUAUGCAUUGGCUUGCCUUCUCCGUGGAACAGAAUUGCAUGAUGAUGUACCAAAUUGGCAGGCUAACAUUUUCCCUGCCCUCUGCGAAAUUGUUGUCAAUUCUCCAAAUUUCAAAGUGAGAAUCAGCGCCGCCGUUGCACUGGCUGCUCCCAAGACCAGGGUGCACUAUCAGAGUUUUUACCUCCCUGCCUGGAAUGCAUUGUUGGAAGCUCUUUCCUCUGCCGACAAUGUGCAGGACUUCAAAGAAUUCCAACAUAGAGAUAACCUCGUUGAUCAGAUCUGCCUAUCAAUUUGCCACCUUGUGUCCUGUCUCACCCCUGAUGAUCUCUCAGGGGGUCUGAAUGGCUCACUUAUUCAGAUGGUCAUGGCCUACGAAGAACAGCUAAUUACUCAAUUGCAAAGAGUGCGCCUAAGAAUUGUCCCCGAAAAAGCUCAACCUUUCAGCGAAGCAGUUGAUCAUGUUAAGAAAUUGGUGGAGAUAAAUUCUGGGAUGAAGGCAGUUUGUGAACACCUAACAGGUAUUUUCAAUGCGGGCCAAGUCUCAUUUGAUGAAGUUUGUUAAUUGAAAUAAAAGUUUAACCACUAAUUUUUCUAAUGUUAAAAACAUUAAUUCUCAUUUGCAAUGCAGAACUCCCAUUAUUGCUUUCAUAU